AUGGCUACCCCGAGCGUUCUAGCUUUUGACGCUGAGGGUCGUGCCAUUGACUUUGAGGUCUGGGUCGACGACCUGCAACUAUACUUGCAGUGCGAUACGGUAGAUGACAUUUCUCUCUUUGACUUUGCCUCUGGCGCCGUCCCUGCCCCUGCUGCUGAUGCUAACCCCACUAUUGGCUCCAAGUGGGCCACACGCGAUGCUCCUGCACGUCUUGCUGUGCAUCGCCACCUCCUUACCUGUGAGCGUGCCCACUUUAGUCAGUACAAGAGUGCACAGACCCUGUACGACGCUGUAGUUGCACGCUACUCCUCCCCUGCCACUGCUGCACUGAGCCGUCUCAUGCUACCGUACUUCUUCCCUGACCUUGCUGCCUUUCCCACAGUCGCUGACCUCAUUACCCACCUCCGCACUAGUGACACUCGCUACUGUGCUGCGCUUCCUGCUGACUUCUGCGCCACGAACCCCCCUCCCAUGUACAUCACUCUCUACUUUCUAGUCACUCGUCUCCCUGAGUCCCUUCGUGCAGUAAGGGACCACUUUCUCUCGGUCUGUCCCACCACUCUCACUGUCGACCUCCUCGAGAAGGGUGUUCUCCUUCCCCCCUGUUACCCUCUGUCGCCUCUGCUGCUGCGGCCGACCUCGUUGGUCUUGAGUCGGUCGGUGCGGCGUCUGCCCCCAGCGGUAGGCGCCGCCCUGGCAAGGGCAAGGGGGGCAAGGGAGCGGGUGGAGCUAGCGGGGGCGGUGGCGGAGGAGGUGGGGGCGGCGGGGGGAGUGGGGGUGGCGGUGGAGGUGGUAGCGGGGGUGGAGGUACUAGUGGCGGCAGUUGAGGCGGAGGUGGCGGCGGCGGUGGCGGUGGGAGCGGAGGUGGCGGAGGUGACGGCGGUGGAGGCGGGGGCGGGGGUGGCGGUGGUGGAGGUGGUCGGAGUGGCUCGUCGCAGCGGAGCGGCACUAGGGGUGCGUCAGCGUGGUGGGGCUUUUGGUCCCUGCACCUACGUCCUUCGCACCGGCGACCGCGCGGGUGAGCAGUGUGGGGGCACCCACACCGCCCAGCGGUGCUUUGGCCGCCUGACGAACGCUUGGCGCCAGCAGUUCCCGGAGGCCUCUCAGUUCCCCCGCUGGGGAGAGCUGUCUAGGGCUGGUGUAGCUAUCUUUGAUCUUGACUUUGAUGCUAUCCUUGCUGCCAUGUAUGCUGUGACUGUUAGUGAUGAGGGUGACUAUUACCGGUGUUUCCCGCCCGACCCGGGCAUUGGUACUACUGCUCUGGGUGCUAGUGAGGCUACUGCUCUAGGUGCCAGUGCGUCUGUGCUCUCAGGUACUGGUGAGUCUGCACUCUCAGGUACUAGUGAGUCUGCGCUCUCAGGUACUGUGUCGGCUUCGGCCUCCCACACCUUCACCCUUGACUCUGGGGCGUCUCCCUACUUCUUUUGGGACCGCACCACACUCACGCCGCUUAGUCGGCCUGUUGCGGUGUCCCUGGCUGACCCCUCUGGGGGUCCUGUCCUGUCUCGUUUCUCCACAGUCCUCCCGUGUCUGGCGGCUCCCUCUGGCACCCUGACUGGUCUCUACCUCCCCUCGUUCUCUACGAACCUGGUGAGUGGUGCUGACCUACAGGAUGCGGGUUUCCACCAGUUCACUCCUGCUCGUCAGCGAGUGACGCACUGCACAGAGGCUAGCACACGUCGCCACCUGGCUACGUCAGCCAGGGUCGAGCCUGUGUUUGCUGCUGCGUCCAGGUCUGGUCGUGAGUCUGCCCCCUGUUCGUAUCGCCGUCUGUCUCACGAGACUCUCCUCUGGCACCACCGCCUUGGCCACCCCUCUCUGCUUCGGCUCAGAAGCAUGGCCUCCCGUCUUCUUGUGUCUGGUCUCCCCCAGUCCCUCCCUCCCCUUCCUCAGGGCCCUGGCGCUGCCUGUGUCCCCUGUGUCGAGGGGCGCCAGCGUGCUGCCCCUCACACCUCCCUGUUUCCUCCGACAGAGGCUCCCUUGCAGACGCUUCACAUGGACGUGUGGGGCCCUGCCCGCGUCCGUGGACUAGGUCACGAGCGCUACUUCCUGUUGGUGGUUGACGACUACUCGCGUUACACCACAGUCUUCCCCUUGCGCAGCAAGGGUGAUGUCACUGAGGUGCUGAUCGACUGGAUCCGCGCAGCUCGUCUCCAGCUCAAGCAGAGCUUUGGCUCGGACUUCCCUAUUCUGCGUCUGCACUCGGACAGAGGCGGAGAGUUCUCCUCUGGCCUUCUGCGUGCCUACUGUUGUGCGCGAGGCAUCCGUCAGACCUUCACGCUUCCGGACUCACCGCAGCAGAAUGGGAUUGCAGAGCGCCGCAUUGGCAUGGUCAUGGACGUCGCUCGUACGUCUAUGAUGCAUGCGGCUGCCCCCCAUUUUCUGUGGCCGUUUGCGGUCAGGUACGCGGCGCAUCAGAUCAACCUCCACCCCAGGGUCUCCCGGCCGGAGACCUCCCCGGCCCUGCUGUGGACGGGGAAGGUUGGCGAUGCGUCGGCGUUACGGGUCUGGGGAUCUCGGGCGUUUGUCCGCGACCUGUCUGCGGACAAGCUGUCCCCUCGUGCUGCUCCCUGCGUCUUCCUGGGGUUCCCCCCUGACGCCUUUGGGUGGCAGUUCUACCACCCCACCUCUCGCCGUGUUUUGUCCUCUCAGGACGUCACGUCCCCCCUCGGUUGA